AUGCUAUCAAUCUUGAAGAGAGAGUUCCCUGAUGGAAAUUUUAAGAGCUUGUUUGAAGGAUCAUCACGUGUUGUUGUAUCAUCUUCCUCGUCCAGUAUAGCUGCUGACCCUUUGCUGUCUUCGUUCAUUUCUCCUAUGGCUUAUGAACUCUUCAUCUCUGAGUCAAGUCCAUGUGGAGAAGAUACAAGUUCUGCUAAGAAAACACUGAGUCAGAGUUUCCCUGAACGGAAUGUUGAGAAGAAGUCACAUUCAGCAGAGGAUCACAGAGAAAAGCUGAAACAGAGCGAGUUUGUUCAAGUGAUUUUCAGCUCUAUGAUUAUUGAUUUCAGACCUUAA